UUAAAUUAUUUCAAAGUAGUAUGAAUUUCAUAAAAAUGAAAUCAUUAGUGAAACUUGCACAGAUUUCGAAAAAAAAUGGUCAGCUGCUUCAAAUAAUUCGACGUCAAAUUUCUACAUCAAAAAAAAAUCAAGAAGUGUGCGUUACAAAUGCUGAAAUCAAUGAACAAGAACCACCGAAACGUAACUGGCAAUCAUAUGGGUUUGAAACUGAUGAUGAGACGAAAGACUUAAAUGCUAUGCAUGCAACAGGAUUUUUUUCAAUCACUCUAUGUAUAGUUGGUGGUAUUUUUAUGUUUGCGUAUAUGCCUGACUAUAACAAUAAAAACUGGGCGGAAAGACAAGCUUUUCUUGAGUUACGAAGAAGAGAAGAUCAAGGUUUACCACUUAUUGAUCCUAAUUACAUACAACCAGAAUUGAUGAAUUUGCCCAGCGAAGAAGAUUUAGAUGACCUUGAAAUAGUAAUUUAAUGUUUUUUAUGUAUGUUAUUACAAAAAUGCCAAUUUUCAUGUUUAGUAAAUAGAAUAAUGUAAUUUUCAAUUAAAUGAAACCAAGAGUUUUGUUGUAUAAUAAAAAUGUUUAUUUUCCAAA